CGGAAGCCCCCCGCUGCGCUGGCUCCCGGCGGGGGUUCCGCCGGCGUCCGUGACUGACGUGCGGCCGCUUCCCCGCCGCCUCCCGGCCCCACCUAAUGCGUUCUUCCUCAGGAACGGGCACACUGCCGGCCCCUCGUCGCCCUCCCUCUCCUGCUCAGGGAAGAGCCAAGCUGGUGACUCCAGGCGGAGUCAUGAGUUCCUUGCAUCACUGGGGUUGCAGGCGAGCAUCGGGAGACGCUUCCGGAAGGAGAACCGCCGGUCUGAGUGUGGCCGGAGGAGGGGCAGCCCCAGGAGGAGGCUGCCGGGAGGGGGGACCUGCGUCCUGUAGGGAGGGCUCUGGGGGGCAGGCCCCCCGGGAGACAGGAGCGGAGGCUACUAAGGGGCCCGCCGCCGGCAGCGGGGCAGACUCACUGCUCCAUGAAGCUGCUUGUCUACGCUGUCCGCCUCCGAGCGCUCGCCAAGCAGGCGGCCGCUUGGGAGCGUCCGGGGCCCAGGAGCUCCCCCAGUGCCGGGCAGAGAUGCCGGGCUUCCGCGAAGGCUGCUGAAACCAGGUCUGAUCUGCUGUCUCGACCCUGUGUCACCGCAAGGAUCAUGCGGCCGGAUGAUGCCAAUGUGGCUGGCAACGUCCACGGUGGGACCAUCCUGAAGAUGAUCGAGGAGGCAGGAGCCAUCAUCAGCACCAGGCACUGCAACAGCCAGAACGGGGAGCGCUGUGUGGCCGCCCUGGCCCGUGUCGAGCGCACCGACUUCCUGUCCCCCAUGUGCAUUGGCGAGGUGGCGCACGUCAGCGCGGAGAUCACCUACACCUCCAAGCACUCCGUGGAGGUCCAGGUCCACGUGAUGUCGGAAAACAUCCUCACAGGUACUAAAAAGCUGACCAAUAAGGCUACCCUGUGGUAUGUGCCCCUGUCACUGAAGAACGUGGACAAGGUCCUGGAGGUGCCUCCAGUCGUGUACUCACGGCAGGAGCAGGAGGAGGAGGGCCGGAAGCGGUAUGAGGCCCAGAAGCUGGCGCGCAUGGAGACCAAGUGGAGGAACGGGGACAUCGUCCAGCCUGUCCUGAACCCAGAGCCCAACACGGUCAGCUACAGCCAGUCCAGCCUGAUUCACCUGGUGGGGCCUUCCGACUGCACCCUGCACGGAUUCGUGCACGGAGGUGUCACCAUGAAGCUAAUGGACGAGGUGGCCGGAAUCGUGGCUGCGCGUCAUUGCAAGACCAACAUAGUCACUGCCUCCGUGGACGCCAUCAACUUCCACGACAAGAUCAGAAAAGCUUGCUUCCGGCAGACACCAGCUCACUCUCUCUUUUGCAAAAGGGUGAGGAUGAGAAACGGAAAGGCCCAGGCAGCCGUUGAAGACAGGAAUGCUGGCGUGCGGCUGCUGUCGCUGUCGUGGCUCGGGAAGCCCAGGCAGGAACACUUAAAGCUGGACCUGGGUGUGGAGAAGCCGUUCUCCCCAGGCUGGGUGGGAAGUGAGGAAUCUUCUAGAAAAUGCUCCUGGCUGUGUUACGUGAGACACUGCAAGCUACUUCAUUAGCUCUGUGCUUUUCUGAGGAGCGCUCGCCGCUGCUGCUCUCUGCAACGCCAACACUGAGCCGUCCCUAGCGUCGGAAACCCUUGGCAGCGCGGCCGCUGUGGGAAGAGCAGCGCCGUGCCAUCCAGCCCGGGAGACGCCCCACUCCGGGGGCACGCGGCACACCUGCCCUGAGCCGCAGGAAGCCUGCUCAUCCCCACUUCUCCUGCCUGGAACCUCCCUGGGCCGCACAGCCGGCUCCUCACCACCGGGCUCGAUCGACACGGGCAUCCACUGCCAUGGCCCAGGCCUUGUCAUCUGGGUGACGAGCUCGUAGCCUGGCCAUCAAAUGCAGCGCCACUCACCCUUGACCCUUACGCACCUGCCGGAGCGGCGGCUGGCCCACGUGGUUGGGCUCAAAACUCUCCUGGCUUUCUCGAGCCUCGUGCAAAGCAUGGCUAAGAGUUCUCACCGUCAGGGGAGUCCAGCCCCAAGGAAGACCCCGCUCCAUCCGUGUCUCUGGCAUUGGCCUUGGCCCAGGACCCUUUUCCCACUGAGGUUACUUAGUCCUGCCUCCGGCUGUGCCCUCCAUCUCGUCAGUUUUGCCUGGGGGCCCCCACCUGGGCUGUCCCCCACACCAGUUGCUGGCCACCUGUGGCUUUUUGCAUCACAAUUAAAGGUAAGCAGAAUGGCAGAUGCUGCCCCUCCGUGGCACCUCCUACAUUUCCAGUACUCAGUGGCCGCACGUGGCUGGUGGCUGCUGUAUUCCACGGCACAGAGAGAGGACCUUCCCACCAUCACGGGAAGUCUGCCGGGCGGCGCUGGUCUCUGGACGGUCUGGACUCUGUCCCCAGCACCUGGUGCUCUGGGAGGGGCUUCCGUAGACCCUAGAGGUCCUGUGGACACUCAGCACAAAGCCUAGUGCCCCAGCGCCCCCUUCAGUGGGGUCCCACCACCACCCAGCUCCCUGCAGCGCUGGGCACAGAGCCGUCCCACAAGGCUGCAGGGCACCCCGCUCCAAGCUCGGGCCUCCAGAUGGCGUUCACUAGACAGGCCUGCUUCUUGGCUUCUUGCUGGUACCCACGGGACUCUGCUUUUUUCCGGAAUUCACUAGAGGAAUUUGACAGAAGCUCCAGCUCCCAAAGUCAGUUAGGCAUCCAGCGGUUGGAGCCCCCAGACAGGAGACUGGCAGAGCUUACAAGACACCAGACGUACGUACGGUGGCCUCCUUUCAUCUCGGUUGGAUACUUUGUGGCAAGAGAACUGCAAGUUUUAAUUUCCAGGCCUGAUGGAACAGUGAACAACCGACCACCCUUCCCGCUGGAAACCCGGCAGGCCAGGACCUUGGCCCAGUUGCCUUUGGGGUUCGUGUAUUGGUUCUUGGAGCUGCAUCAAAUUUCUAGAUUCCUCGUACUGUCAUAGAGUCCCUGCUUGAAACACGGGACUGUCCCAUGAAGCGAUAGAAACAUAGGACGAAACCACGUAAAGGUUUGUAAAGUAGCAUUCUCCUGAUUCUGCGGUCACUUACGACGCAGCGUUGGCAGCAGCCUCCAUGAGACUGCAUCAAAGUCACCCGGUGCUGCAGCAGCCCGGGUAGGUGUGUGGGUUUUCUAGGGCUGCCGUGACAGUUUACCAGAAACCUCAUGGCGGAAACGACACGGAUUUGCUGUCUCAGUUCUGGAGGUCAGAAGUCUGACCCGGGUCUCACUGGACUGAAGUCGGGGGCCGUUCUGGAGACUGUAGGGAAGAAUCCCUGCUUGCCUGUUCCGCCUUCUAGAGGCCGCCUGCCCCCUCGGCUUGCGGACCCUCCUCCGUCUCCAGAGCCGGCGAGAUGGGGUGUCUCCAACCCUCGUGAUGACGCUGGGCCCGCUUGGAUAGUCCAGGCCAGUCGCCCCCUUAGAACCACAUCUGUAAAGCCCCUUUGCCACGCAAGGCCACAAAACCCCUAGGGGCAGGGGAUGAGGACAUGGACAGCUCUGGUGGCUGUUGCUUCCCCCGCUGUCGCGGUCUGUUAAUUCCGCUCGACACAGGCAGGUAGAGCUCCAGACCGGUUCUGAGCACUGCUUUCUCCCCGCCCUGUGUCUUCUCCUAACGCUCUGUAGACAGGACCCUCGCAGAGAGCACAGGAGAGCAACAAGUAGCUCAACCCUGGUGGGCUUCAGGGAGGCGUGGCGAGGGGACGCCCCUCAAUCUGCCCGAAGCCCCUCAGCUGCUCGAACCCAGCACCUCUGAGGCCCCAGGGGAUUCACAGCGAGGCCUUGGGGUAGUGAGCGCUGGAGGUCGGGUCCAGAGGGUACUUAGGUCCUGGAGUCCCGGCCUCUCAGACCACGCUCACAUGCUGGGCGAGCUGAGCCGCAGCCCUGGCCUCCCUGUGCGGGGACCACGACCGCUGUGGUCAUGUCUCGGCGUCCAGUCUGGCACAGGUGCUGAUCAACUGGGACCCAGGGAGAAAGGCAGGGUUUUUAAUGCUUUGCUACCCUGUGUUCCUCACAAGCUGAAAAUGUAAAGUCUCCCUCGUGCAUGCUGUAGCCCUUCUGAGUCAUGUAGAUGACACUAGAAGCAGACUCCUGGCCAGGGUAUACACACGCUUGCUACAGAAGAAGGAAAAUGUGAUCUGCUUUAAACGUUACUUUUAACCAUGUUGGUGUAAUUCUGCACCCAGAGAUCCCCAAGAGCACUGUGUGGGCUCAGUCUCCCCUUAGCUUAAGGGGGCUUUUCCUGGAGGGCUGUUAAACAGAAGGGCACUCAGACCUUACCAGAAAUUUCUGUCCUGGGCUUCACGUCCACGUAACAAAAUUAAUGUAGGUGAGUUACCUCCACGUGGCCACAUUUGGAGGCUCACCGUUCCUCACAACCUCCCUGAGCUACUCCCUGUGCCUAUUUGCAGGUGAGGAAGCCAAAGCCCAGUGUGGGCUGGCUGGCCACCUGCCCAGUGUGCUCCGGAGCCCGCGGAACCCGAGGUCCUCCUCAGGGCCCUGU